GGGAACCCACCAGAGAGAUGUACCCAGGACCCCCCUCACCAGGAUCAGAAAGGAAAUUUCGAGGAUUUUAAUAUCAUUAUCAAAGAAGAGUUUAAAGAGGAGGACGAUGAGUAUGGCGUGAUGGAGUUUUCCGAAGGACACGCAGAUCUCUAUAAGGAUGUUAGGAAGGAGCCAACGAAGAGACGUCUUUGUUCUCGGGAUUCCACACAGGAAGGUCACACCAUCCCCCACCAUCAUCAGGGUGAAGAUCUGAUGAUCAUAAAGACUGAGUGUGACGUAGAAGAGACGUAUGUGAGGGAUGAUCAGCAAUAUACGGAGGAGGCUGGAAUGACGAGGACAUUCAUAGAGGAGGACACUCCUACAGAGAUCAGCACAGAUUGUAAAAUUGAAGAUAAGGAAACCACAGGAGAUUUUGGUGGACUUCACAACGUGGAUGGACAAUGGGAUCCUUCUGACUCCGAGGAGUUUCAUCCCGUGAGGGUUGGCGACGAUAUUCAGGAGGAGACGCCAUUUUCCUACCCUGAAUGUGCGGAAAGUUUUACCUUUGAACCAGGUCUCUACGCAAAUCCGAGUUCUCAAGCGCCGGAGAAGCCGCAUGCCUGCCCCGAAUGCGGGAAAUGUUUUACCACAAGAUCGCUAGUGGUCAGGCAUCAAAAAACUCACACCGGGGAGAAGCCGUUUUCCUGCUCUCAGUGUGGAAAAUGUUAUUCACAAUCAUCAAAACUUAUCAGACAUCGCAGAUCCCACACGGGGGAGAAGCCAUUUUCCUGCCCUGAGUGCGGGAAAUGUUUUAUUACGAAAUCAGAACUUGGCACACAUCAAAGAUCCCACACGGGGGAGAAGCCGUUUUCCUGCCUUGAGUGCGGAAAAUGUUUUGCACAAAAAUCAAAACUUUCCAGGCAUCAAAGAUGUCACUCGGGUGAAAAGCCAUUUUCCUGCCUUGAGUGCGGGAAAUGUUACGCAAUGAGAUAUGACCUAGUCGUACAUCUGAGAUCUCACUCGGAGGUGAGGCAGUAUUCCUGCUCCGAGUGCGGGAAAUGUUUUAAAGAGAAGGCCCACCUCUACACUCAUCAGAAAAUUCACACGGGGGAGAAGCCGUUUUCCUGCCCUGAGUGCGGGAAACGCUUUACAGAGCUAUAUCAGCUUAAAAGUCAUAAGAAAACUCACACGGGAGAGAAGCCUUAUUCCUGUUCUGAGUGCAGAAAAGGUUUUUCACAGAAGGCCCAUCUUUUCAGACAUCUGAGCAUGCACACGGGGGAGAAGCCGUUCCCCUGCUCUGAGUGCGGGAAGUGUUUCGUCAGCAAAUCGCACCUUGAUAGGCACCAAAGGAUUCACACGGGGGAGAGGCCAUAUUCGUGUCCCGAGUGCGGGAAAAGUUAUGCACAGAAGUGCCAUCUUACCAAACACCAGAAAGACCAUUUGAGUGAGAAGCCAUAUUCUUGCUCUGAGUGCGGGAAAAGUUUUUCACAUAAGUUGCUACUAGACAGACAUUACCGAACCCACUUGGGCGAGAAGCCGUAUUCCUGUCCCGACUGCGGCAAAUGCUUUCCCUUUAAGUCUUAUGUUCUCAGACAUCAGAAGAGCCACAGAACCGUUCAGGUGCGUUAGUGCCCACGUGAUCUCCUCUAAUCUCCGUACUGUGAGAAAAACUGUAUUAGGAAGUUCACUAAGCGCACCAGAGUUCACAAAGUUCUGUCUGGCUUUCUCCUCUAAAAGAGUGAAGGUGGGGCAGGCAGUGGCGGCUGGUGUUUGCUCCUUGGGGGGGGCGCCAAACAAUCCUCCCAUAGCCACCCCUCCCUCAGGUCGGCCGGGUCACGGAGCCUCCCGCUCCUCCCCGGGUCGGUCAGUCAGUCAGUAGCCGGGGGCCCCACACUUACCCCCAUCUCGCGGGCGGUGGCUUCCUCGCUUCCCCUGCGUCUUGUCCCUCCUCCUGGCGGCCAAUCCGAUCGGAUCUCCGAUCGGGCCAAUCGGGUGACGGUCCGGUCUCAGGUGCAUAGUUCCAAAAAUAUCCAUUGCAUCAAAUCAAUGAGAAUGAAAGUGGUUUCUGCAAUAUACAUAAAAGAAACCAGAGGGCGCCCAUUAAGUGCAGCGUAUAGGAAAAUAUAUUAUUGAAAAAAAUAAAAGCUACAAAGUCUAAAGGUCCAAAAAUGUCUGUGGCAGCUCCUCAAUGAGACUGAAGUGGUUUAUAAAAUAAACUACAUGGCGCCAUAUAAGUGCAGUGUAUAGGAAAAUACUUUUUCUUAAAUAAAAGGUCCAAAAAUAUGAGACUGAAGUGAUCUCUGCAAUAUAUAAAAGAAACCAGAGGGCGCCCAUUAAGUGCAGCGUAUAGGAAAAGACUUAAAAAUAACAAGUGGCAACUCACAAGGUGCGUAAGGAUGAGAGCGUGUCAUCCACCAAGUGCGGUUAGCUAUUGAGCCUCGGUGUGUUGUCGGGAGCGGAGUUGGACACCAGACACGAAACCGGCAACCCUGGAGACAGCUUGGUGGGCAAUGGACUGCACAAGACCAGACGUGACGUCACACCUAGGAGGGACGAAACGUGGGGGCGCGGCUACAUGUCUCCUUUUUUUCCAAGCAGUUACGAUCGGAAAC